CCGCGCACGCUCAGGCGCGCGCACGGUCCGUGUGCUCCCUCCCGCAAAGCCUCCGCGCUGUCUUCUCGGAUCUUGAAACACUUUUCCUCGUGCGUGUGUGUUUAGUUAAUCACCUCCGCGGUUAAUAUGUGCAGGAGCGGGGCGGUGGUCGCCAUCGCUACCCGGUGAACGACACAAAGCUUUUGGAGCGACCAACCCCGCAGGAGGCUGGAAAUGGUCGCCGGGCAGCGCCGGUGAACGCGCGCCGCCGAUCGACCCGAACGACCGAGCGACCGGCCGGCCGCCGCCGCGUUGAUGCGGCACGGAGAAGACGACACGCCGAGCGAGCCGAAAGCAUCUACGCGAGUAAACGUGAUUUAGCCAGCCAUCCCGUCUCCAAGAUGGCGGCCGUGGUCAACUACUCGCCGCCGUGGUGGGUGAACCUACUCCACCGCUUGCCUCAUUUCAACUUGGACUUCCAGUUGGUCAGCAGCGACUUCCGGCCCCAAGACCCCGAGUAUCAAAAGUCUGUGCUGCUGCUGGGCUCGGUGGCUCUGCUGUGUUUGGGUCUGGACCUCCUGUUCCUCCUUUUUUACUCCUUCUGGCUUUGCUGCCGCCGGCGCAAGAGCAACGAGUCGUCGUCGUCGUCGUCGACGCACCACGCCAACUCUCAGCGGCCCAGCGCCGACUGCUGCUGCACCGCCUGGUGCGUCAUCAUCGCCACCCUGGUGUGCAGCGCCGGCAUCGCCGUGGGCUUCUACGGGAACGGCGAGUCCAGCGACGGCGCCAGUCGCCUGGCUUACUCCCUGCGCCACGCCAACCGCACCGUGUCGGGCAUCGAGAAAUUGGUGUGGGACAAUGCGGCGGCGCUGAACCAGACGGUGGAGGAGAACCUGGCCCAGCUGGAGACCGUCUACCAGGAGCAGACGGACUAUGUGUCCAUCGUCCAGAAGCUGCAGGGACAGCUGGACGAGCUGCUCAAGCUCCUGGUCGACGUGCCCUUCUGGUCCAACACGGCCGUGUCUCUGGAGAACCUGGCCCGGCAAACCGAGGCCUUCGACUUCUACAGGUGGUUGGGCUACCUCGGCCUGCUCUUGUUCGACGUCCUCAUUUGCCUCCUGGUUCUCUUCGGACUUAUCCGGAACUCCAGAGGAACUCUGAUCGGCGUGUGCCUGCUGGGCGUGCUGACGCUCGUCAUCAGCUGGGCGUCCCUGGGCCUGGAACUGGCCGUCGCCGCGUCGGCCAGUGACUUCUGCGAUUCUCCCGACGCCUACAUCGCCCGCGCCACCCAGGAGAACGCCGUCAUCCAGCAAGAUAUUCUGCAGUAUUACCUAAAGUGCAGCCCGGGACAAGUCAACCCCUUCCAGCAAAGGCUGUCGGGGAGUCACAAAGCGUUGGUGGAGAUGCAGGACGACGUGUCUGAGCUUUUGCGAUCGGCCACGCGGGAAUACGCCAACACCAAGGCGAGUCUGGACCAGAUCCAGUCGGUGCUGAACUCCACGGAGGUGGGCCUGCACCAGCUGACGGCGCUGGUGGAUUGUCGCAGCCUGCACAUGGACUACGUGCAGGCUCUGACGGGCUUGUGCUACGACGGCGUGGAGGGCGUCAUCUACUUGGUGCUCUUCUCCUUCGUCACGGCGCUCAUGUUCUCCUCCAUCGUCUGCAGCGUGCCGCACACCUGGCCCGGCAAGAGGACGGAUGAGGAGGACGGAGAGGACGAGUCGGGCGCCUCGCGGGGCGGCGGCGGCGGCGCUCACGAUAACCUGUACCGCGUUCACAUGCCCAGUCUCUACAGCUGCGGCUCCAGCUACGGUAGCGAAGCUAGCCUGCCCGCCACCGCCCACACCGUCAGCAAUGCCCCCGUCACUGAGUACAUGAACCAGAACGCAAACUUUCAGACCCCCCGGUGUGAGAACACCCCUUUGAUUGGCAGGGAGUCCCCUCCACCCUCUUACACCUCCAGUAUGAGGGCCAAAUACCUGGCCACCAACCGCCCCGACCAGAACCGCCGCUCCGUCCCCAACAACCAGCUGGACCCGGCCAGCCGGCCCCACGCAACCGCCCGGCCGCAGUCUUCGGUCCACUAGUGACCGAUCAUUAGACACGUCCCCCCCCCCCGACACACACAUACACACACACACACACACUGUACAGAAAUUGUAAAUAUGAAUCAUAACUCCACCACUGAUUUAUUAACUGGUGAUGUGCUGUGCCGUGCACUUAUGUUGCUGUAUUUCACACAUAUGCACAAAUUUAGACUCACACACACACACACACACACAGACAUUCACACACAUCUAGUCUAACAUCAUCAUCACCUAAAUAACCAAGACUUGUCCAUACAGCUGACUUUUUUUUCUGGAAUUCACUCGGGAGCGUUUCAACCGAGAGGCCCACCAUGUGCCAAAAUGAUAAAGGGUGCCUGAAUUAGAUGCUAGAAAAAAAAAAAAGCUUGCUUUCCAUGUAAAUAGAAAAAAAAAAGCUGAAACGAUAAGAAUUCAAGCUGCAAUGGAAGGAUAAAGAGGAGGAAGGACUUUGGGAAAAGCAGGAAAUUGCUUGCUUGGUGCUAACAUAAGUCGGCAAGAAAGAAAAAAAAAAAUUCUGUUUUUAAACUUUUUUUCCUCCCCCAAGUAUUCUACCACAAGUGAUACUGUGAUGAGCUUUUUUUUGAGUCCUCAUGAGCACAAUUUUUUUUUUUCUUUGAGGCGACUUUUUGAAGGCUAAACGGGACACUGCCAAUGUUGCUCCUGCUACUGUACAGUAUGUAAAGACUGUAGUCGUGAACGUGCGCAUGCACGCAGGUGUGGCGUGGUUAGCGUCACAUUUCGCUCAACUUUGUUUACAUUCGAGACAUAUAGCCACUACACACUUGCCGAAAAUUUUCAAAUCUUUCCGAACAUAAGGCUGUUUUUAGCCGUUGCUAGAGUGAAUGAAAAAUGCGAAACAAUUGUCACGCAAAUCUGAAGAAAAAAAAAAUGGCUGAAAAUUCUGUAAUGUGCAUGCCGGGCCAGUAGAUGGCGCUGUCAUUUUGCGUUGUACAUGUAGACUUGCUGGGAAAGCGCAGUUAGCAUAAACACUUAGCGUUUUAGUCUGGAAUGGUAACUUCCAAUUUUUCUAAAAUGUGCAUUUGUAAUGACACAGAUGCACACAAACUGAAAAUGUGUAGUAUGCAUGGCAGGCCAGUAGUUGGCGAUGUCGCUUUAUGUGAGGAAAGGCACGUGUGUCACGGCUGCGUCGUUAGCAUAAACACUAUGGCUGCGCUUUUUUUGUUUUAGCGUUAAGUUGGGAACUUUUUCCAUGUACUUACAUUUUACAAUGUUGUCAUUGAAAUCAAACGACGUUUUUACCGAUGUUUGUUUAUGCGGCAACAACCUAGCAAGUGAAUUUUUCGACGAGGUUCUUUUUGACCUUUCACGUGUUAGCGAAAAACGCAAGUACAUUGCCUUUUCUCAAAUAAUUACAUUUUUAAACCAUUGUCAUCUUAACGAAAGUUUUUUAUUUUGUUUAGCUAUUCUUGUCUAAAUGUCCUCUUACUAUGCACAUGCGCAUCGUAAAUCGUACAACUUGGCAAGGACAUUAGCAUCUACGCGACCUUCGAACCUUUACAGAUCACAAUUUUUAGUGCUUGGACAGGAAUGCUAAGAUUAUUUUUAAAGGAAUCCACAGGAUGUCGUCGCGUCAACAAAUGAGCCAGAACUACAUCGUUUUUAACCAUCUGGCAUAAAUUAUUAGCUUUAGCAUUAGCAUUGUGAGUGUCGUAGUCAACUCGGAAGGUCGUGUAAUAUCCGACCCUGUACAGGAUUAGCACAUUGGAAUUCAUUGGGUUAACUACCACUUGUCAUAAUAGCGAGACAAUCUUGUGUUUUUAGGAUCACUUCUCUACUUAGCUGCGUCAUGCUACGUUCAACGAGCAUUCGACGCCUUUCAUAAUGUUUUUAAAUUGUCCUCAUGCUCCUGAUAUCAGCACCUAAUUUUUGGGGAGAUGAUCUCAUCUUGUAACGUAAUGGACAUUAAAACAUUUUAAAAUAACAAAAACAAAGUAUUAAUGAUGUACAUGUCCAAACUGUGGUAAUGAUAUAAUUCAAGCUGGAAAAUAAAUGUUGAAAAACAAAAAGAUGUGAAAUUAAAACAACUUUAACAUGGAUUUGAUCUCA